AUGUCUGCAAAGUACGUUGCUGGCACGGCUAUAAAGACUCUCCAGCACGGUUCGAGGACGAUUGUGUUGGAGUAUGUCUCUGAAACUACUGAAUGGAAGCGGUCCUAUAUCAACCAGGACACCCUUGAUAAAUUCGUCUCUGUUGCUGAGAAAUCCCUCGAAACUUUACGUCCAGACACUGCGGAGAAGGAGCAUGAAAGUGACAGUGAUAAAAGAAGCCAUUUUUCUGUCCUGGAGUUGGACAAGGCUAAAAACGUUAUGGCAUCUCGUCAUAUGGUCAGAAAAUGA